UUCUGAUAUUGACAAUAUUAAAUGGCAUAUCUAUGAUAUGAUUAGGUCAUUUAAGCAUAUCACUUUAACAGAAUUGUAUCCUAAAUUGGAAUUAUCUCAAUUUAGAAUCGAAACAGUUCCAGAUAAAUGA